CUAUCCACCAAUCACAACUCUACGCCUUUGACCUCUCUCUCCCCUCUCUUCCCUGUUCCAUACACAGAUCCACCUCUCUCUCUCUCUCUCUCUCUAGCUCUACAAACACCUGACACCCCUUUCCCUCUUACUCUAUGUCUGUACUCUCUUCUCUGCCCCUUUUUUCUCUCCGUACUACUGUUUCAUAUUUCAAUCAAUUGCUCUUUAAAGUUCAUUCCCUUCGUUCCAGAGAUUUUCCCUUCUACUCGUUCUCCGCUACUUCUUCUCUCUUCUACUUCAUCGCCUUUUAUCACUGAAUGUCAUUUGACUGGUCGUUCUGCGUCUGUCUGCCAAAAUUUAACCUGGGUUUUGUUUUUCUCUGUUAAUUUCUUUGUGGUUUAGAUCUGAUCAGGUUUAUUGUCCAAUCCGGAAUUUUCCUUGGGUUUCGGAAAGAAAAACCCUUUUCAAGAUUCUUCUGGUUGUCGAUGUACGUGAAAAGGGGCCGAAGAUUCUGUAUACAUGCUAUUUGAUAUAAUGGUUUUUUGGCCAUUACGAGUUCCACUUCUUUGCAUUUCCUCGCUGUGUCAUCUCUCUCUUUGAAGAAAGUUCAAAGAGGGAGGGACUUCCUGUAUUGAAUUCUUGUACGCUUGCCAUGUACGAUUACUAGUCUAGCCACAACAAUGAACAGGGGAAUUGAAGUUUUCUCACCAGCCUCUUACCUUCAAAACUCAAACUGGUUGUUCCAAGAAAGCAAAGGAACAAAAUGGACCCCAGAGGAGAAUAAGCGGUUUGAGGAUGCUUUGGCUUUGUACGACAAAGAUACUCCAGAUCGUUGGUUGAAAGUUGCAGCUAAGGUUCCAGGGAAGACGGUGGGAGAUGUCAUUAGGCAGUACAGGCAACUGGAAGAAGAUGUUUGUGUCAUCGAGGCAGGGUUGAUCCCAGUCACUGAGAAUGAUAACUGUUCUUUCACUUUGGAUUGGGUCAAUAACCAAAGCUUUGAUGAUUUCAAGCCGUUCUAUACUGUUGGUGAGAAAAGGGGUUCUUCCACUCGACCAUCCGAGCAGGAAAGGAAAAAAGGAGUGCCAUGGACUGAAGAAGAGCACAGGCAAUUUCUAUUGGGCCUCAAGAAGUAUGGUAAAGGGGACUGGAGAAACAUAUCUCGUAAUUUUGUGAACACAAGGACCCCCACUCAGGUUGCUAGUCAUGCUCAGAAAUAUUUCAUCCGGCAGCUUACAGGAGGCAAGGACAAGAGGAGAUCAAGCAUCCAUGACAUCACAAUUGUCAACCUUGAAACCAAGUCAUCUCCUUCAUCAGACAGUCACGGACCUUCUUCUCCUGAUCACUUAUUGAAUAAGGCUGUGAAUCUGCCGAAGAAUCCAAAUUUCUCUACCAUGGUUAAACAGGAGCAUGACUCAAAAUUACCAUGCGAAUCCAUACCAAUGAUUUUCAAUUCACCAAAUGGAAACAUGUUCAUGCCUCCCUAUUUCGGGAUUCCUUCAGUUGGAUCUGGACCUCAGGAGCAGUGUUUACUCAGAGGUUCUUUCUAAGGAUGUCAUUUUGGAUCUUGUGAUUCGAUUUUUGAAAUGCACUAGAUGCAGCAUCACCUAGUGAAGGUUUCUAGAGUCCUGAAGGUACUGAAUUGCUAACCCUUAUUCAGUGAUGCUGGAUUUCCCUUUAUGGGGUUUUAUGUGAAUAUGUUGAGGAAGAACUUGAGUUGAUUAGUCCCUUUUAGUUAAACUCCAUGAAGAGACUAGUUCAUAUCUAUGUUGACGUUAAAAUUCUGGCUCUCAUGAUCAACCAAGGGAAGCUAACUUAUGAAGCUUGAUCAUGAGCUUGUGUAAUAUAUGUUUUUUUCUCGUUUUUACUUGUUUGGUAAUUUGAUUAUGGUUAGGAGACAAAUUCCUAUGAGCUUAUAAAUAUAUAUAUAUAUAUAUAUACAU